ACGUAAGCGCGCGAGUUCCGGAAGCUUGGAAAGCCCAGGUUCUGCUAGGAAAAGCCAAGCGUUCCAGAGAAUGUUUCAGGAACAGUUACUUGGAGAGGGGCGUUUCGCAGACUCCUGAGGAGGGCCAAAAAAAAGAAUGGAAAGAAAAGAUAGGAAAAGAAAGGAAAGGAGAGAGGGAGGAGAGAGAGAGAGAGAGAGAGAGAAGAAAGAGGAAGAAGUUCCAAAGACCUUCAGAGAAGGAGGCAUGGCUUCCAGAGAUGAGACUAUGAAGCGGACAAACAGAGUGCUAAGAAUAAGCCAGUUGGAUGCACUUGAACUGAACAAGGCCCUGGAGCAACUCGUUUGGUCCCAGUUUACUCAGUGCUUUCAUGGAUUUAAGCCAGGGCUGUUAGCCCGCUUUGAACCAGAGGUGAAAGCAUUCUUGUGGCUUUUCUUGUGGCGAUUCACCAUCUACUCUAAAAAUGCCACCGUGGGACAGUCAGUUUUGAAUAUUCAGUACAAGAACGAUUUUUCCCCAAACCUGACAUACCAGCCACUGACCAAAAAUCAAAAGCUCUGGUAUGCCGUCUGUACAAUCGGUGGGAAGUGGUUAGAAGAACGAUGCUACGAUUUGUUUCGAAACCGUCACGUAGCAUCCUUCAGGAAGGCCAAGCAGUGCGUGAAUCUCGUGGUUGGACUUUUGAAGCUGUGCAGGUUGAUUAAUUUCUUGGUUUUCCUUCAGAGGGGCAAGUUCGCCACUUUGACUGAGCGUCUGCUGGGCAUUCGUUCUGUAUUUUGCAGGCCCCAAAAUGUCCGAGAAGUGGGCUUUGAGUAUAUGAAUAGAGAGCUUCUCUGGCACAGCUUUGCCGAGUUUCUGAUUUUCCUCUUACCGCUUGUCAAUAUCCAGAAGUUGAAAGCCAGGCUCUCUUCGUGGUGUAUCCCUCUGAGCAGAGCUGCAAGCGGAGACAGCACGCUGGCCACCAGCGGCAGGCAGUGUUCUCUGUGUGGGGAGUGGCCCACCAUGCCGCACACCAUAGGCUGCGAGCAUGUUUUCUGUUACUACUGUGUGAAGAGUAGCUUCUUAUCUGAUGUGUCCUUUGCUUGUCCUCAGUGCGGCACAGAGGUCCACAGCCUGCAACCGCUGAAAUCGGGAAUUGAGAUGACAGAAGUGAAUGCCCUUUAGAAGCUAAAAUGGUUUCCUCCGAGGCGAACUGUAUUUUGUCUAAAUCCCUAGCGUGAAUCAUCCUAAGCAUACUAUUUAGGUAUGUCUUAUGAGGACAUGUGCUUCUCAGCCACUGCCCUCUGUUCCUUUCCAGGCACAACUAAAUUCUACUCGCACUGGAAACCACAUGAUUCUAAAUAUAUCAUAUAACUGGUCACAUAUUAUUUUUUUUAAUCAUUGCAUUUAAUUUCUGAUGUCAAGAAGAAUGGAUAGUUUUUAUCAAAUGACCACCAAGAAGGCUCCUUCAUUCUACUGCUUCCUGGAAAGAGGUUAGACUCUAAAAAUAAAAGAUUGUGG